CAUGGCGCGGGCCCGGCGCCGGCAGGAGGGGGGAGACGGCGGGCGCGGGCCCUGCGCCUCGGCCCACCCGUCCGUCCGCAGGCCGCCCCGGCCGCCGCCCGAAGCCCGUCCUCCGGCGCGACCCGGCAGAGGAGCCGCCGCGGCCCCACCGCCAGCGAGCGGCCGGGAGCGCGCCGAUGUCCGCCCCCGCGCGCCCGGCCCCGCCCUCGGCGCGGCCCGCCCGCCGCCCGGCCCAGACCCGGCUCCGCGCCAGCCACCGGAGGGCUUUCCCCGGCGUCCCGAGCCGGGCUCGCGACCCGCCACGCAGACACCGAGGAAACCCCGUCAGCAGAGCAAAACGCAUCCGACUUAUGAUGAUUUCCUUCAGUGGGUGAAAACGGGGCGACCUACGCUUGAGCAAUCCUCUCCUUCAGUUCCCACACUCUGGGGCCUAACGUCUGCCCUCCGUCCUCCGCCUCCCAGCCCGCUUCCUCCCUCGAUUUGUGUCGCUGACAGUCCGCUCAGGCCCACCCAAGAAAAAAGUUACUAAAUCUGGAUCUCGGUUUCUAAAACCAUCUCCCGAGUUGCCCGAACUUGAGCCGGGGGCACCCUCCUCGCUCCUCGGCCCCGGCCCCUUUUCCAGGCUCUUUCUGAGCAUCCGUGGCCUCUGCAGACUCCAGCUCCAGUCAGACGUCAACUCCCCGUUUAUAACUAGCUUCUCAGCCUCAACGGUUUUCUCCUUCUCCUGCAGCCCAGAAGCUCCUCUCCAUAUAGAUGUGGCUGUGUGUAAAGAUGUCCUGGACGGCUCUGAGAGUGUGUCUCCGUUUUGUAAAUUAGGAACUAUUAGGGACACGCAGAAGAGUGCAGAAAAUGAUGUUAGUGACACC